AUGUCUACUCCACAACCCUGGUGGAAAUCCGCGACCGUCUACCAGAUUUAUCCAGCCUCAUUCCUUGAUGCGAACGGUGAUGGCACCGGCGAUCUCGCAGGCAUCACAGCCAAACUCGACUAUCUCAAGGAUCUUGGUGUGGACGUUAUAUGGCUCAGUCCGAUCUAUCGCAGUCCGUUGGCUGAUAUGGGCUAUGAUAUCUCGGACUAUGAGGAUAUCGAUCCACGUUAUGGCACCCUGGAGGACUGGGACCGCCUUCUCGAAGGUGUGCACGCACGGGGGAUGAAGCUUAUGAUGGAUCUGGUGGUGAAUCAUACAUCCGAUGAGCACGCCUGGUUCACCGCUUCGAAAUCAAGCAAAAAUGACCCGAAGCGCGAUUGGUACAUCUGGCGUCCUGGAAAAGUUGUUGAUGGGGAAGAACUUCCGCCGAAUAACUGGAGGAGCGUGUUCCAGGGCUCCGCCUGGGACCGCGACCCUACAACUGGGGAGUACUACCUCCACUUGUACGUAUCUAAGCAGCCAGACCUAAACUGGGAAAACCCUGCCGUGCGUUCUGCCGUCUGGGAUGUCAUGCGGUUCUGGGUCCGCAGAGGGUGUGACGGGUUCCGCAUGGAUGUGAUCAAUAUCAUCUCGAAGACGGAUGGUCUGCCCGAUGCGCCUGUGGUGGACCACACGCAGUAUCAUCAGCCCGCGAGCAUGUACUUCGCGAACGGCCCGCGGGUUCACCAAUACAUCAAACAAAUGCACGCCGAGGUCCUCUCCCACAACGACCUCAUCACGGUAGGCGAAACGCCUUUCACGCACGAGGCCUCCGAGCUCGCCGCAUACGUCCUUCCGCAGAACCGCGAGCUUAACAUGGUCUUCCACUUCGAGCUCAUGGACAUCGACUCGCCCCCCGAAUCUCCGCUCCUCAAGAAAUCGUGGACGCUCGCCGAGCUCAAAGACAUUGUUGGCCGCUGGCAGCGCUACAAGCGCGAUGAGGGGUUUUGGAAUGCUGUUUUCAUUGAGAAUCAUGACCACGCGCGGUCGGUGUCGCGCUUUGGAAACGACUCGGCGCAGUGGCGUGCCAUCUCUGCCAAGAUGCUCGCUAUCUUUGAGAUCACGCAGACGGGGACACUAUACGUGUACCAGGGGCAGGAACUCGGCCUCAAGAACUUCCCACGGACGUGGGGAAUCGAGGAGUACAAGGACGUAGCAAGCCAGAACUACUGGAAUUUGAUCAAGGAGCAGAGGCAGAAAGUGCAAGAGAAGGAGGAUGUUGCUAUGUCUGAUCUCCACGAUAGCUUCGCGCAAAAGGCGCGCGAUCACGCACGAACCCCGAUGCAGUGGAACGCGAAUGCACAUGGAGGCUUCACGACCGGCACACCCUGGAUGCGCGUGAACGAUGAUUACCCAGAAUGGAACGCCGAACAACAGAUCGGCGAUGAGACCAGCGUGCACGCGUUUUGGAAGCGUGCGCUGAAGGUGCGGAAGGCGCACGACGUUCUUAUCUACGGUGAUUUCGUAAUGCUUCUCGAAGCACAUGAACAAGUGUUCGCAUACAUGCGGAGCUACGGGUCCGCGUCUGCGUUAGUACUACUUAAUUUCAAAGAGAGCAAGGUCGAGGUCGACCUCGGGGAGGCCGGCGGAGGAGUAGCGGGGUACGCAUUUGUCCUGGGCAACUACGAGAACGAGGGGAUCAGACUGGAGGAAAAGGUCACUCUCAGGGGCUACGAGGGACGGGUGUAUCUCCGGGAGGCGUUGCUGAAUUGA